AGGAACUUGAGGUUGCACCUUGAUUCGAUCUCAGUGGCCUUCCUUUGUGUGGGAGGGGACAGCACUUUGGCUAAAAUGGAAAAAUGCUGUUGUCAACUUUAUGAGAAGGAAGGCAGUAGCCAAGUGAAGCAGCUGGAUUCACACUGAAGUCACUCUGAACUCUGCAGAUCAUUCUUCUGCUACGGAGCUCACAUCUCUGAUUUACUGUGUGUUUUGUUCAAAGAACAAAACAAGAAAGCAGCUGUGCAACAUGACAUUUGAAGACUUCGAGAACUACUCCUAUUUCUAUGACCUGCCUGAGGAAGAUGAAUCACCCCAGUCCUCCCUCAGCAUUGCCCAUAUCAUUUCCCUUUCCUUUUACAGUGUGGCAUUUCUGCUGGGAGUGCCAGGUAAUGCCAUUGUGAUCUGGUUUAUGGGCUUUAAGUGGGACAAAUCUGUUUCUACACUCUGGUUCCUCAACCUGGCUGUUGCAGAUUUCAUUUUUGUUCUCUUCCUGCCUCUCUAUAUUACGUAUGUGGCCAUGGGCUUCCACUGGCCUUUUGGGAAGUGGCUCUGCAAAAUGAACUCAUUCAUUGCACUACUUAAUAUGUUUGCCAGUGUUUUCUUCCUGACAUUUAUCAGCCUUGACCGCUAUAUCCGCCUGGUCCACCCAGUCUUUUCCUACAAGUACCGGACUGUGAGGAACACCCUCAUUCUUAGUGGGAUCAUUUGGAUGUCAGCUGCAAUUAUAGGUGGUCCUGCCUUGUACUUCAGAGACACAGCUACAGUUCUCAACAAUGUCACCAUUUGCUACAACAACUUCCACGUGCACGACAGAGAGCUUAUUUUGCUGACACAUCACAUUCUCAUUUGGGUGAGGCUUGCAUUUGGUUACCUCUUUCCUCUCGUGACCAUGGUCAUCUGCUACUCAUUGCUGAUUGUCAAAGUGAAGAGGAGAACUGUAUUGACUUCUAGCAGGCUUUUCUGGACCAUCAUUGCUGUAGUUGUAGCUUUUUUUGUUUGCUGGACACCAUAUCACAUAUUCAGCAUUGUGGAGCUGUCUGCUCACCACGAUGUAAAUCUGCAUGACUUACUACAGGAUGGCAUUCCCCUCUCCACUGGCCUUGGUUUCAUCAACAGUUGCCUCAAUCCCAUCCUCUAUGUUCUAAUUAGCAAAAAAUUCCAGGCCCAGGUCAAGACAACAGUCUCUGAGGUGCUAAAAUCGGCGCUGUGGGAGGUGAGUCGUUCAGGAACUGUCAGUGAGCAGCUCUGGAGCUCGGACAACACCCAUGCACCUGUGCACCAUUGUGAAACUGCUCAGUGAAUGUUCUUGUCACUAUCCCUCUCCAAAUUAUCUGACAGGAGAUCUGGAGACAUUCUUGACUUUUUAUCUGCCAGUCAGAUAU